CAAAGUUUGGUGGUGGAUGGUAACCUCAGCACCAGAACUCUUGCAUCCUAUCCUAUUACAGUCUUAAGGCGUUCUCUUCCUGCCUUCAUUCACGGGCCUUUGUAAGUGAAUCAAACUAAGCCACCUCUUUGAGGCAAGUCGAGUUCUGAGGUGAUCAGUUGCAUGCAAUGAUGCAGCUUCACAUAUCCCCGAGCAUGCGACAUGUUACAGUGUUCCCUGGAAAAGGUUUUAGGGAUUUCAUCAAGGUGAAGGUGACUUCAAGGCGGUUAUCUUAUCGGAUGGUGUUCUAUUCUCUCCUCUUCUUGACGUUCUUGCUUCGGUUUGUAUUUGUGCUUACGGCAAUGGACACCAUUGAAGAAGAGACCAACUGCUCUUCGUUAGGAUGUGUGGGGAAAAGGCUUGGACCCAGAAUAUUUGGAAGGAAGCUUGAGUCCACGAAAGUCCCUGAUGAAAUAUAUCGUUUUCUAGAGGAAGGCGAUUUGGAGGCAUCAGAAGUUGGAUCAGAUGCUCCGCUGUCACUAGAAGAGUUCAUCACAGAGAUGAAGGGCAAGAAAUCAGAUGCUAAAACCUUUGCCUUGAGACUGAAAGCGAUGGUAUCCACCCUUGAACAAAAGACCCGAACAGCAAAAAUCCAAGAAUACCUCUAUCGUCAUGUAGCAUCAAGCAGCAUCCCUAAACAACUCCACUGCCUAACUCUUCACCUCGCCCAUGAACACUCCACCAAUUCCGCUGCUCGCCUUCCCCUCCCACCACCUGAUCAAAUCCCUUCUCUCAUUGACAACUCCCUAAACCACUUCGUCAUUGCCUCUGACAAUGUCCUCGCCACUUCGGUUGUAGCUUCAUCUCUAGUACAGAACUCUCUCCAUCCUCACACUGUGGUCCUCCAUAUUAUUACUGAUCGCAAGACUUAUGCACCGAUGCAAGCUUGGUUUUCAUUGCAUAAGCUGGAUCCUGCAGUGGUUGAGGUUAGGGGUUUGCACCAUUUUGAUUGGUUUACUAAGGGGAGAGUGCCAGUGAUGGAGGCUAUGGAGAAAGAUCGAGAGGCUAGGUCUAUGUUUCGUGGAGGGUCAUCUGCUAUUGUGGCUAAUGUCAGUGAGAAGCCUGUUGUUGUUGCAGCGAAGUUACAGGCGUUGAGUCCUAAGUAUAAUUCAAUAAUGAAUCAUAUCCGGAUACAUCUUCCUGAGUUGUUUCCAAGCCUUAAAAAGAUAGUCUUUCUUGAUGAUGACAUUGUUGUUCAAGCGGACCUGUCACCCUUAUGGGAUAUUGAUCUCCAAGGAAAGGUGAACGGUGCAGUUGAGACAUGCAGAGGUGAAGACAGGUUUGUUAUGUCAAAGAGACUGAAGAGCUAUCUCAACUUCUCUCAUCCUUUAAUAUCAGAAGCUUUUGACCCGAAUGAGUGUGCUUGGGCCUAUGGUAUGAACGUCUUUGAUCUUGAAGCAUGGAGGAAGACAAACAUCAGCCUCACAUACCACAGUUGGGUUUUGAAGAACUUGAAAUCAGACUUGAGUCUAUGGCAGUUAGGGACCCUGCCACCGGGUUUGAUAGCAUUUCAUGGCUAUGUUCAUGUCAUUGAUUCUUACUGGCAUAUGUUGGGCCUUGGGUAUCAAGAGAACACCACAGUGAUGGAUGCCGAUAAAGCUGCAGUGAUUCAUUUCAAUGGACGAGCUAAGCCUUGGUUGGACUUUGCAUUUCCUCAGCUUCGGCCUCUAUGGACAAAGUAUGUUGAUUUCUCUGAUAAAUUUAUUAGAGCAUGCAACAUUAGAUCUUAGUAUGACAGAUUUGAAGCAAAAGAAGGUUUUCACUGACAAGAAGGAAACGGUGAGAGACAGGAAAUUGUGCAUGCAGACGGGGAAAAAAGGUACUCGAGUGACCUGUGAGAAGCUCAGGCUUUGAAUUGAAGUAUUUUCAUCCAGAAAAUAUUUUGUAUCGUCCUCUCCUUUUUUUCCCCCUCCUCUUACUGUACAAGAGAACUUUUUUGUGUUUUUGGAUUUGUUAUUUCAUUAUACUACAAGUGCAGAUAUGUAAUGUAAUUACAUACUUGUAACUUGGAAACUUCCAUUCAAUUUACAUUCGACGUCAAAAAUAAUAUAAGCACCAUAUUCAGAGGAA